AAGCGGUUGCAAGACAAUGAGGGUGACCGAGUGCAGACAUACCGGGAGCUGGAGAGCGUCUUGCAGGGAGGUGACGGCCGUUUGACGAGCGGUGUCGUGAACCGCCUGAUAGCAGAGGCGUCCAGUGACAUGCGAGCAGCCCAGGGUGUGACAGGUGACAUGAGGACAGCCGCUAGCAAUGUCCUGGUGGCUCUGGCCCGCUCCCACUUCCACUUUGUCAUGCCCGAGCUCCAGAGCCACCUGAAGGCCAUGGGGAAGGUCCCUGAUGAGAUUGUGCUCCUCACCUUGGGCAAAAUGGCCCGCAGCUACGCCCUGCGGUGCAUCCCCUUUGUGAGAAUGACGCUGCUUGCCCUGCGCGCCACGCUGAGCCAGGUGGGGAGUGGCCGGAUGCUGCGCACCGUCUGCAGUGUUCUGGAGCAAUGGUCAAAAGGAGUCAACACGUACUUCUGCAACCGGGAGCAAUGCCCCUUCCCUUGCGAGGGGGUAGCACAGUUCUGUGAAGCCAUUUACCCGGUCUUCCGCUACGCGGCGGUACAUUGGCUGGACUGCAAGGAGGAGGAGGACAAGCAGGCUGUCCUCAGGGCUGUGGCUGCCAUGAUGGAGGUCCUUCUGCAUGAGGAGCAGUACCGUGAGCAUGCCUGGGAGCAGGUCCUCUGGCUCCUGCACCGGUAUCAGGAGGUCCGAGACACCACCCGGGUCACCGAGAGCCUCAGCUAUGUCCUGGAGAUGCUGGAGGCAGUUCAGACCCCAAUACCACAGGGCACGGCUCUUGCCAUCAGCACCGCUGUGCACCGCCAGCUCUCUGAUGUGACCAAGGAGCCUGGCCUGGCCCAUAAGGCAGCACUGUCCCGCUGCAUCACGCUUCAGGCACGAAUGUGCCCCGAGGAGACGGUCAUGUUUCUACACUCCCAGCUGAGUGGUGGGACUGAGGCCGGUCGCGUGGCAGCCCUGGGCCUGCUGGGAGCGCUGGCCCACUCUGACGCACCUGCAGUGAGAGAGAAGCUGCCCCAGGUGGUGGAGGCCAUGGGGUCAGUGUGCCAUGACCCCAGUGCCCAGGUGCGGAGGGCAGUUCUGGAGUUCAUCCGGGAGCUGCUCAGCUCCGGACCCCAGAGCUGCUGGGCAUGGGAUGUGGUGGGGCACAUCUUCAUCGAGUUCAGCCGGAGCUCGGGCAGACUGGUGGCAGGAGGCCUUUUUCCCUGGGAAACGCAGGAGGAUGGAGCUCUUCGAGCCCUGUGCAUGGACAUCCUGGGCUCUCUGGAUGUCUCUCUGAGAGGGAUGACCAAACUCCUGUGGCCGAGGCUGCUGCAGUACGUGCUGCCAGCCCAGUACAGUGGCAUGCUGAUCCCGCUCUCCCGCUGUCUCCGAGCCCUAGUUGAGAGGUGGGAGAGAGCAGGGUGCAAGGAAGAAGAGGAGGAGCCUGAUGCCAUGGACUCCCAGGAGCAAGCCCGGCUGCCGGCUCCCCAGGCCCUGUUGGCCGGACUGCUGGUGGUGGUGGCGGCUCCUCACAAGAGUGCAGAACGUGCAGUCGCUGCCUUGCAGCUGCUGCAGGCCCUCCACCGCAGGAUCCACAGAGCCUUGGGGGCAGCGUGGGCGACUGAGAUCCCCCUCCUGCUGCAGUCCCUGGAAGGAAAAACCGGGAGCUGCCUGGACUCUGCAGAGUGGGAGCACCGUGUGCUCAAGUUCCUGCGAGCGUCGCUGGAGCCCAUCGAGGACAAGGCCUGGACUGUGGACCUGAGCCAGGAGCUGAGCCAGCAGCUGGGUAGCUCUGCCGCCGGCUCCUGGGAGAAGCUUUUCCUGUACAAGGCUCUUGGGACAGCGCUGGCAGCUUGUCGGGACCUCAGACACGUCCAAGGGCAGGUGCUGAGGUUCCUCCAGGAGACAAACCCCAUGGAGCUGUCUGAGGCCCAGGGAAUGAUUUCUGUUGUGUCCCACGCUGCCGAGAGCCACUUCCACCUGGUCUUGGAUGCGGUGAUGAUGUUCUCCGCCGCUUCCACCAUAGAUGGGUUCUCUCAGACUUCCAUGGGCUGGAAGGUACAGCAGCAGCAGCAGAUGGAGAGAGCCCAGGCCAUUCGCGCUGCUCUCAUGCGCACCUACAGCGGCAUUGCGCUGCGUGCCCCCAAGGAGCAGCUGCUCACCCGUGUGGAUGAAGAAAUUGUGGGCAACAUCCUGCAGCUCUCCAGACAGCUCAAGCUCGCCCUGGUGCAGAGCAUCACUGAGGUCAGCUGUGCCAUCCAGGCUGUGAGGCCACCUCUGAGCAGGGAGGAAAAUCGCAAGCUGCUGGCAGUGUGCUGCCAGACUGUCUUGUCCUUUCCUUCCGAGGAGCGGAUGAAAAAGGGCAAGAAGACAGUGAGGGCAGCUGUGAACAUGCAGCUUUUGCACAGGAGAGGCAUGGAAGACCUGGGCCAUCUCAUCAAAACCCUUCUGGAGGCAGAGGAGACCUCUGCCGGCUUUGACAACGUGAUCCAUAGAGGACGUUCUUGUGAGCAGUUCGGCUCCCUGGUGGGACUGCUGGUGACUCUGACCAGCGACUGCCUGGCCAUGUCCUGCCGGAGGGCAUGGGUAUGCCUUGGCUACCUUCUCCAAAUGCAAGCCAAGACCAUGAAGGCGGUGUUUCAGGCAGAUGAGAUCAGGUGCCUGGCUGAGGAGCUGAACAGCCCGGACACUGAGGUUCCGGUGGAGACCUGGACCAAAAUAGCAAAGCAGAGCACCCACAGGCCCUUCCUGCUCCGGGCCCGCUUUCACCAGGAGCCCCUCAUCAGCAGUCUCCUCCAGAAAGGUCUGCCCAUGGACAGUGACACGGUGGAGCUGUGGAGGACCCUGGGGAGAAGCACCAUUGUGAUUCAGGUCCUGAGGUGCUUAGUGGAGAAACUAAACAGAGCAGGAAACAACCGCCUGUGGACUUGCUCUUGCGCUUGUGAGCAGCACAGUCAUCAGACUGUUCUGGAGACUGUGAUGAUCACCCGUGCCAUCUCCGAGGUCGUGGUUGCCCUGAGGGACAUGGAGGAGUUCAGGCAGCUGCUUCCCCACCUCCUUCCCAGCCUCCUGAGGUGGGCCAGUGAAAUGCUGGACGAGGAGAGGCUGCUUUCCCCCCUGGGAGAAGGCUGGAGACAACUGUUCCUCGAGGGCCAGGUGCUUGAGGAGAAGCCCUGCAGGAUUUUCCUUUCAGCUAUAGAGUUGGUGCUAGGCAAAUGCAUGGCGCAGACGUGGAUGCAGCGGCUCAUGGAUCAGUCAGUGUGGGCUCGCCUGGAAGACGCCCUGGCUCACCCUGAGGGGGUGCGUCUCCUGACCAGCGUCCUGCUCCAGGCUGGGCUCGUCUCCCCCUGGCUGGUGAAGAACCUCUUGCCAUGGCUGGGUUCGUGCUCAGUUAAGCUGCGGGUGACAGCUACAGCCUUCUUUGCUGAGGUCCCACCAGACGUGGGCUUUGUGCUGCCCUCCAACGGUCUGAGCCUCUUCCCAACCCCACGGAGCUUCUCAGCCCUGCCGGUAACUCCCUGA